AUGAGCGAACCCAUCAAGACGUCACAGCGCGUGUCGCGCUCGUGCAUCGAAUGCGGGCGUCGCAAAAUCAGAUGCGACAAAAAGAGCCCCUGCCAGCCGUGUAUCCGCAGGAAUGCUGCCCACGAAUGUAAAAGACCGAUAGCACGCGUGAGGGGGCAGCUAACCGUCUACACUGCCGAGGGAGAAGAUUCAUCCAACGUAAAGCUAGAUGACUUACUUCGGGAGCGAGGAGCUUUGCGGGCACAGAUUGCUGAACUUGAGACCGCUCUCGCCUUGUCCAAGCCAUGUGCCCACAGCCGCACAAGUGAAUCCACCGACUACUCGCAGCCUGCAGCUUCACUAGAGGACCUUGUCCCGGCAUUUGAGCAGUUUGACAUUGGCAUCAAGACCAGCACAGCAGCUCGAGACGGGGCAGAAAAGGAAAUUGCCGACCGCCUCUACGGCCCUGCGGCUGAUCCCUUAUUUCUGUUGCUUCCUAGCAAAACUUGUUCACUUCAGCUUGUCAAUUAUUCUCUGCAGACGCUGGGAUGGCUGCACUGUGCCGUCAACGCCGAUGUGUUCCUCGAAGAACACGAAGACUUCUGGCAGAGCACCCAGCUCGGUACUGGCAUCCCUCGCGAACGCCGACCAUGGCUGAUUGUCUACUUUGCUGUCCUGGCCGUCGGUAUCCUGUACUUGGAACCGGAAAGGAUUCCCGGUGGCGCGCAUCUUCCUCAAUUAGGUCUGCCCGUUGUGGAUCCCGUGGCCAUGGCAGUUCAUACCUCUCGCAUCUGGUACGAGGCUGCUCUCAAGGAGUUGGAGCGAUAUGGAUUUGCCGGUGCACCGUCGCUACCUGUUGUACAGGCACUGUCGGUCUUGACUUUGUGUCACUCCAACUUUGGGGAGCACCAAAGAGAGUGGCUCAUCACUGGCUUUGCGACCAACAUGGCCAGGUGUCUCGACAUGCACAAGCUUGGGACCGAGACCAACUGUUCCAAGGAUCUGUGUCGAAGGCCAGAGUGGUCUUCGCCUUCCCAAAGGGAGCUUGGCAGAAGGCUGUGGUGGUCGUGUGUCAUUCGAGACUGGCAAACACACAUCAGACACACCUGA